AUGGAGUGUUACUACAUCGUCAUCAGCUCCACGCGUCUCAGCAACGGGCACUUUCGCAACAUCAAGGGAGUCUUCCGGGGCCCCCUGAGCAAGACCGGGACCCGGACUCUGGAUUAUGCGGAGAAGGAGAACGCCAUCGCCAAAGCGCUGGGGGACCUGAAGGCCAACUUCUACUGUGAGCUCUGCGACAAGCAGUACCACAAGCACCCGGAGUUCGACAACCACAUCAAUUCCUACGACCACGCGCACAAGCAGAGACUCAAAGAACUGAAACAAAGGGAAUUUGCCCGAAACGUGGCCUCUAAAUCCAGGAAGGAUGAGAGGAAGCAGGCGAAGGCCCUCCAGCGCCUGCACAGGCUGGCCGAGCUGAGGAAGGAAGGCGCGCGAGCUCCCGGGAGUGGUCCCAUGUUCAAGUCCACGACGGUGACUGUGGGAGAAACUCGCCACGGCAUCUCGCAGGGACGUGUUGUGGAUUCGGUGCCCCGCCGGGAGGAUGUCAGGUGUGGUUGGAUUCCCGGUGAAGAGCGCGCGUGUGAGGGGACGGCCGGAGCCGCAGACCCGGGAAGUGCCCAUCCUUGUGCGCAGACUCGCCAGCUGGGCGAGCAAGCCCAGGGCGCCCACAGACACAAGACCGGCUUUUCCUUCGCGUUUCCCAAGAAAGCCUCCGUGCGGCUGGAGUGCUCGGCCGCAGCCUUCUCUGAGGGCGGCGACGACGCCUCCCUGGCCCGAGGGCUGAGCAGGCGAAGGCGGUUCGUCCCCGGUCCUUGUCACCUUCAGCGGCCUUCGCCGACAGACGAGCUCUGGAGUCCCGAGGAGAAGGCCAGCUCCCUCCGUCCGCCCGAGGGGAUGUGCAGCUGCAAUGAAACGGCUCCGACGCAGGAGACGAAAGAAGCUGCUUGUGCAAAAGACCCAUUUUUAUUGCCUUCCUCUCGCCAGUUUCAACUCCCUUUGUCUCCGGAGGCAGGUCAUUGUCAAAAUCCGGUGGCAUCGGCAGACCCAGCACGCCCGGAAGAGGCUGUGAGGAAUGAAGACACGUCGGAGAGCUGUGCCGGUUCCGAGUCGCUGGGAAGUAGGGGCGCAGCUCUCGGCAGGGCUGCUGACGGCCCGGCUUUGCCAGCCAGCCCAGCGGAACGGGCGAAGGACGGUGAUGCACCCACCAUCGAGGCUGAGACGGAACCCCAGGGUCCGGAGAGGUCGGCCCCUUCCAUCUCUGAAGAGGAUGCUGUAACUUCACGUGAAACUCCAGAUUUCUCUAGAAGACCCUGCGAGCCGUUCGUUCCCGUGCUCAACAAAGACGGGUCCACCGUUCUGCAGUGGCCAUCGGAAAUGCUAGUCUACACAGCUGCUCAGCCACCGGUUUCCUACAGCUGCAACCCUCUCUGUUUUGACUUUAAGUCCACGAAAGUCAGCAACCAUCUAGAGAAAAGCAAACCGCCCUUCAGUGGCCUUUGUUCCCAGCAGAAGCGGGGGGACGUCUGCAGGAGGCAGGUUUGGGCGGUCCAGGGCAGCGCCGUCACAGGCCCCACGGAUGAUGACGGUGGGGGAAGCAGAAACGAAUCCGCCCCCGUCCCUCCUCUUUCCGCUGAAGAGUCGCCCUCCGAUAGUUGUGAUGCUGGAAAAAAUGAGACUGUAGAUCAGAGGUACAAACAUAGUUCCUGUAGGAGCAGAAAAACAAAAAGGUACCAUUUUAUUCAAAAGCAAGUCAAACAGAAUACUCACGAGGAAGGCCACAAAACGAGGUUGAAAGAUACGCAUGAACACCGGUUCCAUAAAAGUCGGAGAAAGAAGAAACGAAGGAAGUUGUGUCACCACCAUCGGGGGGACCACGCCGAAGAACCAGUAACCCCCUUCAGGAUGGAGACAGGGAACAGUUGCGCCGACACAACGAGGAAACACCCGCUGGGAACGGUUUCAGAAAAGCGGGAUUUAGCUGUAGAGCCACCGCUAGACGCACAUCAGCUCCCUGAUCAAGAGCCCACCUCAGCAUUUCUGUUCUCGCGUGAAAACAGAGAAACAGAAACGUGUAAAACGUGGAACGCUGAACACAGUCACAAUGACGCCAUCAGUUCUCAAAAUCACUGUACAGAGAACUCGACUGUUUUAAAUGGACAGUCCAGUCCCACAGCGAUGCAUUCUGGGGAACGUAGUUUAACACACGCCAGAACGUCCUGCAGUUGCAAAGCCGCAGUGCCCAGCUGUGGUCAGGGUCACGGGUGCGUCUUUCUUUCAAAGCGCACGGACUGCGUGCCCCCGAAUCAGGCCGUCAAGCGGGGCUAUCAUUCUCUGGUCAGCGAACCCGAAAGAUGUCAUCGAAAACGAAGACCACACUCCUCUUCGCACUCGUCGGACGAAAGUCUAAACCCACCGCAUGCUUUACCGGGAGGGUUUGGGGCGCCACCCCGAGCGCCUGUGCCGGUCACGCCUAGAAGGAGACGGAGGAGGAAAAGAGGCCGGUUCCGCCCCAGACGUGGAGCCCUGGAGCGCAGGGAGCGUGCAGACCCUCCCGGGAAAGCGGCCGCUUCCGUAGGCCCCCCGGGCGGGUCGAUGAGCGCAGACAAAAAAGAGGAACUAAGCCCACAAGACAUGGCAAAUGUCGACAGGAACUCGGAGCAAACAGACCCAGUAAAAGCCACGCCGACUUCCCGCCCCAGCAGCCCCCUGCCUUCUGGAAGCGACGGGGGAGCUGAGCGUUGGGUCACCGAGGCCACCUCUGGCUCGAGGCCCGAGGUCUCCGCUGAGCCCACCUCUGUCUCCGCAGCUGGCGCCCCAGCAGAGGAGGCAGUGGCCGGCGGCCUGCUGGGGCGCCAGGACAGAAGCCCGACCGCUCGUAUCAGGGAAAAGCAGGUGCCUCCCGAGGUGCCUCCUGUGGACCAGACCUUCCAGCAGCCCCCGCCCAAGUCGCUCCUCGGCCACUACGAGCUGGCCGAGGCCCUCCCCCAGGGCAAGGCGGCCGCGGCCGAGGCCUCCCCCGCGUGGCUGCGUCUCCCGUCAGGAAUUCUUCACGCUCACCCACCGCUGCCCUUCAAAGAAGCACAGGUCAGCGGCCACGCCUUGGUCACCACGGAGCAAAUCCUGGCUCCGUUGGCUCUGCCCGAACAGGCCUUGCUGAUCCCAAUAGAAACCCCUGACAAAUGCAAAGCUCUCCCCUGCGAGGUCUACCAGCACAUCCUCCAGCCGGGCCUGCUGGCCCACAAGGUCAAGCUGGCCUUCCCCGCCGCUGCCCUGGCCCCGCCCAGCGUGCCUCUGCAGCCGCCCUUACGCUCUACCUCUGUCACCACCAUCCACCACGCCGUCCUGCACCACCAGGCGGGGACCUGGAAAGUGCUCCAGCCGCACCAACGGUUCCUGCCCCAGGGCCCCCCCCUCACCGGGACAUCCUUACCUCAAACUCCCAUCUCCAGAGGACCCCUGGGCGCCAGGCUCUGUCCCGGGAACCCGCCCACGUUAGUCGCGCCCCCUCCGAUGCCCAUCAUUCCAGCCUCAGUCCUUCAUCCCAGCCCCUUGGCCUUCCCCGCUCUGCCCCACGCCCUCUUCCCCUCCCUGCUCGCCCCCCACCCCGCAGUCAUCCCACUCCAGCCCCUCUUCUAG